AACUCGCAUCGAACCUCAAUCAACAAAAAGUUGUAGAUAGCAUUCGUGAGAAGGGAAACAUCUCAGCAUGAGUUGUGCUAGUGUUUUGACCAGCAAAGACCUGCCGGACAUUGAGAGCCUGCUUGCUCUCAAUCCGCGGGUAAAGCAAAGCUGCUCACUGGUACCGACGACCGUGACCAAAAAGGUGAAGAAACACUGGAAGCGCAAUGUGGAUCGGUCGUGUACCGCCUGCACACCGCUCACCAACGACUUCUCCGACAUUAAGCACACGACACUGUCGGAACGUGCCGCGCUGAAGGAAGCGGCUCGCUGUCUCAAAUGUGCCGAUGCACCCUGCCAAAAGUCCUGCCCGACGCAGCUCGACAUCAAGAGCUUUAUUACGAGCAUUGCCAACCGCAACUACUACGGUGCGGCGAAGGCUAUCUUCUCGGACAAUCCGCUCGGGCUGACGUGCGGUAUGGUGUGCCCGACCAGCGACCUGUGCGUGGGCGGUUGCAAUCUGGCCGCGGUCGAGGAGGGCCCCAUCAACAUUGGCGGACUGCAGCAGUUUGCCACGGAAGUGUUCAAGCGAAUGGGCUUGAGACAGAUCGUACCACCCGGCGUUGCUCCACUGAGGUACCCGAACAAGCGCAUUGCACUGCUGGGCGGUGGGCCGGCCUCACUCUCCUGUGCAACCUUCCUUGGGCGGCUCGGUUAUAAGGAUGUGAUCGUGUAUGAGCGACGCUCGUAUCUAGGUGGGCUUAGCUCGGCCGAAAUCCCUCAGUAUCGGCUGCCAGUCGAUGUGGUAAACUUUGAGGUGCAGCUGGUAAAGGAUCUGGGUGUACAGUUCGUGUUGAAUCGAUCGCUAUCCGCCAAUGAUUUGACCGUGCGCGGAUUGCUAGAUAGUGGCACGGAUGCGGUAUUUCUAGGCAUCGGAUUACCGCAGCCCAAGGUCGACAAGGUGUUCGAGGGACUGACGGAAGAGCAGGGAUUCUUCACCUCCAAGAGCUUCCUGCCGCAGGUCGCGGACGGUAGCAAACCGGGACUGUGCGGCUGUAAGCAGUCCGCCGCUGCCAAGCUGCCCGUCCUGAGCGGUAAUGUCAUCGUUCUCGGAGCAGGUGAUACGGCAUUCGAUUGUGCGACGUCGGCGCUGCGUUGCGGCGCUCGCAAGGUGUUUGUCGUGUUCCGGAAGGGUAACAACAACAUUCGCGCCGUACCGGAGGAGGUGGAACUGGCACGCGAAGAACGCUGCGAGUUUAUCCCGUUCAUGUCGCCGAAGGAGGUAAUAGUGCGGGCGGGCCGGAUUGCAGCGAUGGAGUUUUAUCGCACGGAGCAGGAUGAAUCUGGCAAUUGGGUUGAAGAUCAGGAUCAGAUUACGCGUCUCAAAGCGAGCUACGUUAUAUCGGCGUUCGGUUCAGGAUUGUACGAUGCAGACACCGUUGCAGCGCUAGAUGGGCUAAAGAUGAACCGCUGGGGCCUUCCUGAUGUCGAUCCGAAAACACAACAAACCUCUAUGCCCGCUGUGUUCUGUGGAGGAGAUCUGGCAGGUGCCGCGGAAACGACGGUGGAAUCGGUGAACGAUGGUAAGACGGCUGCCUGGUAUAUGCACUGCUACCUGCAGGGCAUCCCAUUCGACACAAAACCGGAGCUGCCUCUUUUCUACACCCAGAUUGACCAGGUCGAUCUGUCGGUGGAGGUGUGUGGUGUCAAGUUUGAAAAUCCCUUCGGACUUGCAUCAGCCCCGCCGACCACUAGCACGGCCAUGAUACGGCGUGCGUUCGAGCAGGGUUGGGGCUUCGCCGUGACGAAAACAUUUGCCCUCGACAAGGACAUGGUGACGAACGUGAGUCCCCGCAUUGUACGCGGUGUAACGGCUGGACAGAACUAUGGUCCACAGCAGGGUGCAUUCCUCAACAUUGAGCUUAUCUCUGAGAAGAGUGCACACUACUGGUUGACGGGCAUUCAGGAGCUGAAGCGUGACUUCCCCACCAAGGUGCUGAUCGCGAGCAUUAUGUGCACCUAUAACCAGCAGGAUUGGGUUGAGCUGGCAACGCGUGCAGAAGCAGCCGGUGCAGAUAUGCUCGAGCUUAACCUGUCCUGCCCGCACGGUAUGGGCGAGUCGGGAAUGGGUCUCGCUUGUGGCCAGGACCCGGAGCUGGUGUACAACAUUUCUCUGUGGGUGCGAGGUGCCGUCCGCAUACCGUUCUUCGUGAAGCUCACACCGAACAUCACCGAUAUCGUGUCGAUUGCUCAGGCCGCCAAGCGAGGUAACGCAGACGGUGUGUCUGCCAUCAACACCGUGCAAGGGUUGAUGUCAUUGCGUGCGGACGGUACACCGUGGCCAGCCGUCGGUGCCGACAAGCGCACUACGUACGGCGGUGUGUCCGGUAACGCUACACGCCCCCAGGCCAUGCGUGCGAUUUCGCUCAUUGCGAACAAGCUGCCCGGAUUCCCGAUUUGUGGCAUCGGUGGUAUCGACUCGGCGGAAGUAGCAAUGCAAUUCAUCCAGUGUGGUGCACCGAUACUGCAGAUAUGUUCAUCGGUACAGAACCAGGACUUUACCGUCAUUGAGGACUACAUUCUGGGGUUGAAGGCGUUGCUGUAUCUGCGUGCCAAUCCACCACCAGAAGCCCUGCCAUGGGACGGUCAAUCACCACCAUCGGCCAAACUGCAAAAGGGCAAACCGGUAGCACCGCUUCGCACCGACGACGGCAAACCUCUGCUACACUUUGGCGAGUACAGGAAGCAGCGGGAAGAAAAGCUCGCCCAAUUACGUCUACAGCACGGACCACUAUGGGAUCCAUGCUCGAACGAAGCCGUCAAUGGUACGAAUGGACACGCGCCCGUCAAAGUGGAAACGACACCGCCCACGAACAAUGUGCCCCGCGUCCAGGACGUACUCGGUGUCGCUUUACCACGCAUUGGUGAUUACAAAAAGUUGGACAACACCAAGCAGGUGGUUGCGCUCAUAGACGAUGACCUUUGCAUCAACUGUGGCAAGUGUUACAUGACCUGUGCUGACUCCGGCUAUCAAGCGAUCGAGUUCGAUCCGGUAACGCAUCUACCUCAUGUCAAUGACGACUGUACGGGUUGCAACUUGUGCCUCUCGGUCUGUCCGAUUAUAGAUUGUAUCAGCAUGGUGCCGAAGAAAAUCCCGCACGUCAUUAAGCGUGGCCAUCCCAACACCAACGUCGUGGUGCAUGCGCUAAGUCCAUCACAGUAACGAGGGACAGA